GACAUCACGCUCGACCGUGUGCGCUGCUUCGUCUUCUGGCCUCACCGCCCCGCCAACGAGGGCAAGUCCAAGAGGGAGAUCCUCAAGAUUGAGGUCAUGCGCUGGCACCCGGACAAGUUCGACACGCUCGUCGGCCCGAAGAUCGCCCCGGAGGACUGGGCGCGGGUCAAGGAGGCGGCUGGUCUCGUCGCCCGCUGGGUGACGACUCUCAUG